AUGCUGUCAGCUCUCGUCAUUCUGUGCUUCAUGCCAAUUGCAGCAGCUCUUGGGCGCACACAAGCGGUCGGUGUCAAAGGAAUCCUAAUAUGCAAUGAUAAACCGGCAGCAGAUGUGGAAGUCAAGCUUUACGAUGAAGAUAAACGUAAAAAAGGAGUUCAUUUAGUUAGCCCUGACGAGCUGAUGGCAGCAGGAAAAACUGAUAGCCGUGGCCACUUCGAAAUCAGUGGACAUGCUGAUGAGUUCACAUCAAUAGAACCAAAGUUCAACAUCUACCACGACUGCAAUGAUGGUAUCAAGCCCUGCCAACGCAAGAUUACCAUCCACAUUCCAGAUGACUACAUUAGCAGUGGAGAGGUAAGCACAGUACUAAGCGAUCAAGCCAGGUCUUUUGAAACUUCUUCCAAAUUUUGCAAGAAUCGAAGCCUGAAACAUUUUUGA